CAGGCCAGCAGGGUAUCGAUGCGGGUGCGCGCGCACUCCCGCGCCCCUCGCCUUCGAUUUUCCCCGUCCGGGCGACAGUGGCGGCGCGUUGCAUAACUGUGUAGCGGCACUCCGCGCGCGACCCCGCUCCGAGCGCCCGCCGCGAGCGCGCUACACGCGCUGAUACGCGCAACGUCGCGCCCUUUACGUAACGCGCGACCACCGCGCGCUCUCACGACUCCUCACCGCCUUACCGAGGAUUACUUUUGGAGUGAUACGCUGUUAGUGUGGCAGGAUAUCGUCUGCUCCGGCUUGUGGACGUCGGUGCGGCCGGGCGCGGACCGCCGGUGCUGACGCUGAGGACUGACGCAGAUGUUGCGCGCGCGCCGAAACUGGAGAGAGGAGCGCGCGCGGCCAGCGGGCGACGCGGCCACCACCCCGCGCGCCCUCUAGACCUACACACACUUCUAGACACUGCACUAUAUACGGUCGGUCAUGAAAAAUCUUGCCCAUUUGCUGGCUGUCCCUAUCAGCGAUCACGUGGUAACUUUCAUCUCUCUAGUAGCCGCGGCCACACUGCUCUCGCGGACGACAGAAGGGCGGACCGCCCGUAGGUGGUUGGCGGGAGAUCGCGGGCGUAGAGCGUGCGGCCGCGCGCGUUUCCCGCACCACACACAGCCGCCCAUUCACUGUUAGCAGUAGGCAGUUCACUCGGGGGGAGUUCGAUAGACAAUGUCCGAGGACUUGGACUCGAUCAGCGAGGAAGAACGAAGCUUGUUCCGACCCUUCACAAGAGAGUCACUGGCCGCUAUCGAAGCCCGCAUAGCUGAGGAGCAUGCCAAGCAAAAGGAACUCGAGAAAAAACGAGCGGAAGGCGAGGUGCGUUACGAUGACGAGGACGAAGACGAGGGUCCCCAGCCGGACGCCACCCUGGAGCAGGGGCUGCCGCUGCCGGUGCGCAUGCAGGGCACCUUCCCCGCGGAGGUGUCCUCCAUCCCCCUCGAGGACAUCGACCCCUUCUAUCAUAACCAGAGAACCUUCGUAGUCAUAAGCAAGGGUAAAGAUAUCUUCAGAUUUUCGGCAACCAACGCCUUAUGGAUACUAGACCCAUUCAAUCCCAUCAGAAGAGUGGCGAUAUACAUUCUAGUACAUCCUUUGUUCUCGUUGUUUAUUAUUACCACAAUCUUAGUCAACUGUAUUCUGAUGAUAAUGCCUACGACACCAACCGUCGAAAGUACUGAAGUUAUCUUUACCGGGAUCUACACGUUUGAAUCAGCGGUGAAAGUAAUGGCCAGGGGUUUCAUACUACAGCCAUUCACAUACCUUAGAGAUGCAUGGAAUUGGCUUGACUUCGUAGUUAUAGCUUUAGCUUAUGUGACGAUGGGCAUAGAUCUCGGCAACUUGGCCGCUCUCAGAACGUUCAGGGUACUCCGAGCGCUGAAGACUGUGGCCAUCGUACCGGGUUUGAAGACUAUCGUCGGCGCCGUCAUAGAGUCAGUGAAGAAUCUGAGGGAUGUGAUAAUCUUGACGAUGUUCUCACUGUCCGUGUUCGCGCUGAUGGGCCUACAGAUUUACAUGGGCGUGUUAACGCAGAAAUGUAUCAAGGUGUUCCCGGAAGACGGCUCCUGGGGUAACCUCACCGAUGAGAACUGGGAGAGGUUCUGCCAGAAUGAGACCAACUGGUAUGGGGAUGGAGGGGAAUAUCCACUUUGUGGAAAUUCAUCAGGAGCAGGUCAAUGUGAACCCGGAUAUAUCUGUCUGCAAGGCUAUGGUCCAAACCCUAACUACGGCUACACGAGUUUCGACACAUUCGGAUGGGCUUUCUUGUCGGCUUUCAGACUUAUGACUCAGGAUUACUGGGAAAAUUUAUAUCAAUUGGUGCUGAGGUCAGCGGGGUCAUGGCACGUCUUAUUCUUCGUAGUGAUCAUCUUCUUGGGUUCUUUCUAUCUCGUGAACUUGAUCUUGGCUAUUGUAGCCAUGUCAUACGACGAGUUGCAGAAGAAAGCGGAAGAAGAGGAACAGGCCGAGGAAGAGGCGCUUCGGGAAGCAGAACAAAAGGCAGCAGCGAGAGCAGACAAGCAAGAGGCGCGGGAGGCGCACGCGCGAGAACAGGCGGCAGCCGCCGAGGCUGCGGCGUACGCGGAGGCACAUCCCGCCAAGUCCCCCAGUGACUUCUCCUGCCAAAGCUACGAGCUGUUCGUGAACCAGGAGCGAGGCAACCAGGACGACAAUACGCGGGAGCGCAUGUCCCUCCGUAGCGACCCCUUCCAGGACUCGGUGAGCACUCAGCCCACGCACAAGCCCACCGCCACCGACCCGCACCACGACUCCGCACGCCGGCCGAGGAAGGUCAGCAUGGCUUCGUUAUCCCUGCCUGGAUCGCCGUUCAAUUUGCGUCGAGGGUCGCGCGGCUCGCACCAGAUGGCGCUGCGGCCGAACGGGCGGCCGCGCUACCCGCCGGGCGCCGACCGCAAGCCGCUGGUGCUCUCCACGUACCUGGACGCGCAGGAACACCUGCCCUACGCUGACGACUCAAACGCCGUCACCCCCAUGUCCGAAGAGAACGGUGCUAUCAUUAUACCUGUAUACUACGCUAAUUUAGGUUCCCGUCAUUCGUCCUACACAUCCCAUCAGUCCAGGCUGUCCUAUACCUCGCACGGCGACCUCCUCGGCGGCGGCAAGGCGCAAACCAAGGAGGCCAGGCUUCGGAACCGCUCGGCGUCCAGAAACCACAGCGUGACGUCACAGCCUCACGCCUACCCACUGCCCGGGCAAGACUUCUCCUUAGCAUCCAGACCACUUAGAGAAUAUGAAAUGAGUGAGUGCACCGACGAGGCAGGCAAAGUGUUGAAACCAUCGACUGACAAUCCGUUUAUAGAGUCACAACAGCCGAAUGUCGUGGAUAUGAGAGACGUGAUGGUACUGAAUGAGAUCAUCGAGCAAGCGGGCCGCCAGAGCCGCGCCAGCGACCAGAACGUGUCAGUGUACUACUUCCCAACAGCGGAAGACGAUGAGGAUGGGCCGACGUUCAAGGAGAAACUCCUCGAGUGCCUGAUGAAGGGAAUAGACUUCUUCUGUGUGUGGGACUGCUGUUGGUUGUGGCUGGAGUUUCAGAAGUACGUGGCGCUGCUGGUGUUCGAUCCCUUCGUAGAGUUGUUCAUCACGCUGUGCAUCGUCGUGAACACGCUGUUCAUGGCGCUGGACCACCACGACAUGGACAAGGAUAUGGAGAGGGCGCUCAAGAGUGGCAACUAUUUUUUCACUGCGACAUUCGGAAUAGAAGCAAUGCUGAAAUUAAUAGCUAUGAGCCCAAAGUACUACUUCCAAGAAGGAUGGAAUAUAUUUGACUUUAUUAUUGUGGCCUUAUCACUGUUGGAGUUGGGAUUGGAAGGUGUUCAGGGUUUGUCUGUGUUGCGUUCCUUUCGUUUGCUUCGAGUAUUCAAAUUGGCAAAGUCAUGGCCGACACUUAAUUUACUCAUCUCCAUAAUGGGUAGGACAAUGGGUGCCUUGGGCAACCUGACCUUCGUAUUGUGCAUCAUUAUUUUCAUAUUUGCCGUGAUGGGUAUGCAACUAUUCGGGAAAAAUUAUGUGGAUUACGUCGAUCGAUUCCCGGACGGAGACCUCCCCCGGUGGAACUUCACGGAUUUCAUGCACAGUUUCAUGAUCGUAUUCCGAGUGCUAUGCGGAGAAUGGAUUGAGAGUAUGUGGGACUGUAUGUUGGUCGGCGAUGUCUCUUGUAUACCUUUCUUCUUGGCUACCGUCGUUAUUGGUAAUCUUGUGGUACUUAACCUUUUCUUGGCCCUGUUACUGUCAAAUUUCGGUUCAUCGAGUUUGUCGACGCCAACUGCCGACCAAGAUACCAAUAAAAUAGCGGAAGCCUUCAACAGGAUAUCAAGGUUCAUAGACUGGGUGAAAAGAAACGUCGCCGAUAUUCUGAAGCUGUUGAAAAAUAAGUUGACCAAUCAGAUAGCGAUCCACGCACCCGAGCGAGUCGACAACGAACUGGAGCUGGGCACAGACCUCGACGACGCCGUAUUGUACAAAGACAAGAAACUAAAAGACCAAGUAGAAGUAGCUAUAGGUGAUGGUAUGGAAUUCACGAUACCAGGUGACAAUAAAUACAAGAAAGGAAAAAUGUUGUUAAAUAAUAUUAACGCCAUAACAGAUAAUCAUAGAGACAACCGGUUAGAUUGUGAAUUAAACCAUCAUGGUUAUCCUAUACAGGACGACGAUACAAUAAGUCAGAAAUCAUACGGCAGUCAUAAAAUUAGGUCAUUCAAAGAUGAAAGUCAUAAAGGCUCAGCAGAUACGAUAGACGGUGAAGAGAAGAAGGAUGCCAGUAAAGAGGAAUUAGGUUUAGAAGAAGAAAUGGUUGAAGAAGAGGAAGAUGGGAAGCUUGACGGAGGUCUAGGCAAGACAGACAUUAUAGUAGCGGCUGACGAAGAGGUCGUGGACGACAGUCCCGCCGACUGCUGCCCCGAGCCCUGCUACGCGAAGUUCCCAUUCCUCGCUGGCGAUGACGAGUCACCGUUCUGGCAAGGCUGGGGCAUGCUCCGACUGAAAACUUUCAAACUCAUUGAAAACACGUAUUUCGAAACGGCUGUGAUUACCAUGAUUUUGCUCAGUAGUUUGGCUUUGGCUUUAGAAGAUGUAAAUUUACCACAUCGACCGAUUCUUCAGGAUAUCUUAUAUUAUAUGGAUCGUAUCUUCACCGUCAUUUUCUUCAUUGAGAUGUUGAUCAAGUGGCUUGCCCUCGGCUUCCAGAAGUACUUCACAAACGCUUGGUGUUGGCUUGACUUCAUUAUUGUCAUGGUCUCGCUUAUAAACUUCGUAGCGGGGCUUUGUGGCGCCGGCGGCAUUCAGGCGUUCAAAACGAUGCGAACGCUGCGCGCACUGCGCCCGCUCAGAGCCAUGAGCCGCAUGCAGGGCAUGAGGGUGGUGGUGAACGCGCUCGUACAGGCGAUCCCGUCCAUCUUCAAUGUGUUGUUGGUGUGUCUCAUCUUCUGGCUGAUCUUCGCCAUCAUGGGUGUACAGCUGUUCGCUGGGAAGUACUUCAAGUGCGUGGACCUGAACCACACGACGUUAAGCCAUGAGAUCAUCCCGGAUCGGAAUGCGUGCAUCUUAGAAAACUACACCUGGGAGAACUCGCCGAUGAACUUCGACCACGUCGGCAAAGCCUACUUAUGCCUCUUCCAAGUGGCCACCUUCAAAGGCUGGAUACAGAUCAUGAAUGACGCCAUCGAUUCCAGAGAAGUGGGCCGCCAACCGAUCCGCGAGACAAACAUCUACAUGUACCUUUACUUCGUAUUCUUCAUCAUAUUCGGGUCAUUCUUCACUCUCAACCUGUUCAUAGGAGUAAUCAUCGACAACUUUAACGAACAGAAGAAGAAAGCCGGUGGUAGUCUUGAGAUGUUCAUGACUGAGGAUCAGAAGAAAUACUACAACGCCAUGAAGAAGAUGGGUUCGAAGAAGCCGUUGAAAGCCAUCCCAAGACCGAAGUGGCGGCCGCAAGCGAUCGUGUUCGAGAUAGUGACUGACAAGAAAUUCGACAUGAUCAUCAUGUUGUUCAUCGGUUUGAACAUGUUGACCAUGACGCUCGACCACUACCAGCAAUCGGAGACCUUCAGCACUGUCCUCGACUAUUUAAAUAUGAUAUUCAUCGUGAUAUUCAGUUCAGAGUGCCUACUAAAAAUGUUCGCCUUACGCUAUCAUUACUUUGUUGAGCCUUGGAACCUCUUCGAUUUCGUAGUAGUCAAUUUCUCAAUUCUUAGUUUGGUACUCAGUGAUAUUAUAGAAAAAUAUUUUGUGUCACCGACUCUACUGAGAGUGGUGAGAGUAGCGAAAGUCGGUCGAGUGUUACGUCUCGUGAAAGGUGCAAAGGGUAUCAGGACGUUAUUGUUCGCGUUGGCCAUGUCACUGCCAGCUCUGUUCAACAUUUGUUUGUUGCUCUUCCUCGUCAUGUUUAUCUUUGCUAUCUUUGGAAUGUCAUUCUUCAUGCACGUCAAGGACAAAGGUGGCCUUGAUGACGUGUACAACUUCAAGACCUUCGUGCAGAGUAUGAUCCUGCUGUUCCAGAUGUCGACGUCGGCUGGGUGGGACGGUGUGCUAGAUGGCAUUAUCAAUGAGGAGGAGUGUGACUUGCCGGACAAUGAGCGAGGUUACCCGGGCAACUGCGGCUCGGCGACUAUCGGCAUCACCUAUUUACUGUCCUACCUCGUUAUAUCUUUCCUCAUUGUUAUCAACAUGUACAUCGCCGUCAUUCUCGAAAACUAUUCCCAGGCGACAGAAGACGUGCAAGAAGGUCUGACAGAUGACGACUAUGACAUGUACUACGAGAUAUGGCAGCGGUUCGAUCCAGAUGGUACGCAGUACAUCCGCUACGAUCAGCUGUCCGAUUUCUUAGACGUAUUAGAACCGCCGCUGCAGAUCCACAAGCCUAAUAAAUACAAAAUCAUAUCGAUGGACAUCCCGAUAUGUCGCGGCGACAUGAUGUUCUGUGUGGACAUCCUCGACGCGCUCACCAAGGACUUCUUCGCGAGGAAGGGGAACCCCAUCGAGGACCCCGGCGACCUGGAAGUGGGGCGGCCGGACGAAGUGGGCUACGAGCCCGUAUCGUCGACGCUGUGGCGCCAGCGCGAGGAGUACUGCGCGCGGCUCAUCCAGCACGCGUGGCGCCGCCACCGGCGCGCGCACGACGAGCCGGGCGCGCCGCCGCCGCACGAGGACGGCGCGGAGGGCGCGCCCACGGCCGUGCUGCUGGACGCCGUGACGCCCAACGGGCACCGCGUGGUGCUGCAGGCCGGCGGCGCGGCCCCGCGCGCGCCCGACGCCGCGCCGCCGCCCGCGCCGGUCUGA